CGCGAGAGAAAGUGUCGAUUCCAUCGCUGCCGAUUGCUUUGUGCUGGAUUCGGAUUCGGCAGAGCUCGCGGGAUGGUCUAGAGGAACGGGAGGGGCGGAGGGAGAGGAGACAGGGCGCUCGAUCUGACAGGCGCGGGGCGAAUUCUUGAGGCGAAAUGGCAGGGAACGUAGUGCAAGCUGCGGCUCGCAUAUUCGGGAACGUCAUAGGUAAUGGGCUGCAAUCUGGACGGAAGGUUUUGACACAGAAGAUUAUAGGGCAGAAGAUUGUCGAGUGGUAUCCGACUCCUAUGCAGGAUGUGGAUCCAUGUUUCGAUGAUCCUUCGGAGAAACGCCGGAUUUUGAAGUUGGAGCGGCUGAAGCGCCGAGGCAAGGGUGCACCUAAGAAGGGUCACGGGAAACGUGCGUCUAAGAAGUAGUCUGUUUUACAGGUGAUCAUUCUUGGAACUUUUCCGUCUGGACCAUCCGAUCUCGCGCUCUACCUCCUCAUUUUGGUCCUGCAGCUCGUCCUGGUGAAUGAGAUCUUUCGAAGAUGCAGCCUGAGAUGGAUGGAGUUUGUACUCCCUUUGGUCGACACGAGAAACAGGGGGUAGCAGUUUGGUUGUCCCCAGGUUGCUGAUGCAAAGUUGUUACUCGUCAAGGUGCUGGAGUUUGUUGAAACAUUCAAAUACAGAGGAAGAAAUAACGCAGCUGUCCAUAUUGAAUUUUGACCUCAUCGAUUUUUCACAGGGUCCUGCAAUAGAAAAGUUUGCAUUUGUACCCAUCCGAAGUGUAUAAAGAUUGAGUUUGACC